GGGGAGGGGACGCAGGAUGCCGACUUUUCCACAUUCACUUGGUUCCCUUUUGUGUGCGGCAUGCCUGUGUGUGUGUGUGUGUGUGUGUGUGUGUGAACGGGAUCUGAGCUGCUUCCCCUUGCAACUCCACAGAUACGUGAAUCUCCAAGAGCUUUAUUUUGAAAACUAGGACAUAGCACUUUGCAGAAGAAAAAAUCAGUCCACUCACUAUUAUUUAUGUGAUCGCUGAUCUGCUAGAUGGAUAUAGAAAGCACCAAGAAUUAUAAUAAUUUAUGGAGUGGAGCCCGGGUUUACAAGCAGAUUUCUCUGCCCGAGCUUUGCGGGUUUCUUUUGCAUCUCGGGCCUCGUUCUGUGCACUGGGAUCGGGGAAUAUUCAGAAUUUGAAGAUGAGCCCAGUGAACCAACUGCAUUCAUAUCUAAAAUUAAGGGGAUAAGUGAGCAGCUAUUUGUGGCAGACAGGACAUGAUCCAUCUGUCUGCAGGUCUGGCGGGGGGCCGGGCGGCGGCGGCGGCGGUGGCAGCGGGAGAUGCCCCGGUGGCCCGCGGAGGUCCAUGUGGCGCUCUAGGUGGGAUGCCGGUGUCCUGAAGGCCGAGGCCCUGGCCCUCCUGCCCUGCGGCCUGGGCAUGGCGUUCUCCCAGUCCCACGUGAUGGCCGCGCGGCGGCACCAGCACAGCCGGCUCAUGGUCGAGGUGGACGAGUACAGCUCCAACCCCACGCAGGCCUUCACCUUCUACAACAUCAACCAGGGCCGCUUCCAGCCGCCCCACGUGCAGAUGGUGGACCCGGUGCCUCAUGAUGCCCCCAAGCCACCCGGCUACACGCGCUUUGUCUGCGUCUCUGACACCCACUCGAGGACCGACCCCAUCCAGAUGCCCUACGGUGAUGUGCUGAUCCACGCGGGGGACUUCACGGAGCUGGGGCUCCCGAGCGAGGUGAAGAAAUUCAACGAGUGGCUGGGCAGCCUGCCCUACGAGUACAAGGUGGUGGUGGCCGGCAACCACGAGCUCACCUUCGACCAGGAGUUCAUGGCCGACCUCAUCAAACAGGACUUCUACUACUUCCCGUCCGUGUCCAAGCUGAAGCCCGAGAACUACGAGAACGUGCAGUCGCUGCUGACCAACUGCAUCUACCUGCAGGAUGCCGAGGUCACCGUGCGGGGCUUCCGGAUCUACGGCUCCCCAUGGUGA